GCGCCGAGAAAACGACUCCACGACCGCCUUUCAUUCUGUGAACACACACACAUCACACUGGUGGGGGGAUAACCGUCCCAUCUCAUGGAUUUAUAAAUGCACAUCUUUAAAAAAGAGCGAGGCGUCACGGAUUUUACCCGGAACGCGAGGACGUGAUACUUGGAUUGGAGUUUGGAAAGUGUUCUCCGGCGCAGACCUGGACUGCCAUCUUAAUGCAACUUUUUUGGAAAGAGACUAAGGGCAUCUUGACGGAGUCUUCAAGUAAAUCUUGUUACGGUGACGUUCCGUUUUCGCCGGGAGCGCUAGGUUUCUCAGCUCCUCUCGGCUCUGCCGGGGAGAUGUUCCAGGGGUUCCCCGGAGACCUCGACACCGGUUCCCGUGGAAGCUCAUCCCCUUCUGCCGAAUCGCAGUACCUGUCCUCCGUGGACUCCUUCGGGAGCCCGCCCACCACCAGUGCGCCACAAGAGUGUGUAUCUUCCGCUGGCGGUGUAGGGGUGGGUGGCGGGACAGCCAGCAGUGGAGCAGGGGUGGAGAUGCCUGGCUCCUUUGUACCCACGGUGACGGCCAUCACCACAAGCCAGGACCUGCAGUGGAUGGUGCAGCCUACCCUCAUCUCCUCCGUGGCACCUGGGCAGAGUGGCACAGGCACAACCACCAUGACCCAGCCGGUGAGCCUGGAUCCCUAUGAUCUACCAGGGCCUAGUUUCUCCUCUGGCUCAGGCUUCACUCCCCCCAGCUCAGAUACCCCGGGCCCUGUCCGCCAGUCUCGUAGCCGCCGCCGCACAAGGGAUGAAACGCUGACUCCAGAAGAAGAGGAGAAGAGGCGCGUCAGGAGAGAGAGAAACAAACUGGCCGCAGCCAAAUGUCGUAAUCGGCGGCGUGAGCUUACAGACAGACUGCAAUCGGAGACGGACAUAUUAGAGGAGGAGAAGGCCGAACUGGAGGCCGAGAUUUCAGAGCUGCAGAAGGAGAAGGAGCGACUUGAGUUUGUGCUCAUAGCCCACCAGCCCGGCUGCAAGAUCCCGUACCAGGAGGAGGCACCGGCGCAGCUGCAGCAGCAGACGCCUCCGCCUCCUGCCCCUGUCUCUGUGGUGGGAUUGACUGUGAAGGAAGACACUUUCUACCUGCCUCCCGCUUACUCAUCCCACCACCACCACCUGCCGGGCUCUUCGCAGACUCAGCCACCUUCGGCGCAGCAGCAGGCACAGCAGCAGCAGCAGGGGAUGAUGCAGGAGGUAGCCUUUUCUAGUUCUUUCUAUGAGCAGAGCCAGCCGGCGCCGGGCGGCCCGUGCCUUGUUGCCGACGGUGGCGGUAACCCUGACGCCGGCAGCUACAACCCCUCAUACACAUCUUCAUUUGUGUUCACCUACCCAGAGGGAGCCUGUGGGGUCAGCGCUAACCAGCGAACCAGCAGCAGCGAGCAGUCCUCUGACUCCCUGAACUCGCCCUCACUUCUCGCGCUCUGAGAGCCCUGCUCUUUCCUGCCUGUCCUUGUUCUUUUCACAUACUCACGCAUAUCAACGUACAUAUACAAACACAAAAUUUAUUUCAUUGAUUGCAGAUCUGCACACAGAGUUUCUUAGACAUGUUUAGUGAGACCGCAUUCGCUUCUGUUACCAUAAUACCUUUGCUAUUUCAUGUUAAGCUUCAGAAGUCUUAGUACCCUAUUUAUUCAAAGCCUUCGGGUGUUUUUCGGUGAAUUAUUUUUGCACACAUCGUUUCUGUAUCAGAAUUGGAAAUAUUGUCAAAUACCUCGACCGGUAAUCAGUCCUCUCAGUUUUAUUGCUCCAACCAAGCAAUUCCGCACCAUCCUUAAGUGCUUUAGUAGCUUAAAUCGAGCCUGAAUGACUUCAUCAAGUAUUAAUUUGUAUUGAAUUCAGGCAUAGUAUUGAAAUGAGUCACCACCACCACCAGAGCCUGUGACAUCCCCACACAUCCACACUCACACAUUCAAAAGACACCUUAUGACACAAGCACUUAGUUAUACAUAUCCCUUUCCGCUGCUCUCUCUCUCUCUUUCUCUCUGCUCCUGCUCACAUUGGUGUUCCAUCGCUCUCUUUCUCAUGCCGACCGUCUGCAGAGUGUAUUUGUCUGAGCUGAAAAAAGGGGACAAAGAACUUUUGUGGCUUCCAUACUGGGUUUUGGGUUUUUUGGGGGAGCCUGCAAAAUCCUGCAAAUCCUCCCACCCCUGCUUUCUUCAUCCCUCCAUCUAAUCCUCCUCUUGCUUUUUCUUUGUCAUUGUGCUGGGACUAUGAAAAUGAGGGACAUUAUUGCCCACCCAACAGUCAAUCAAGCAGUCAAUCAAUCAAUCAAUCAAUCAAUCAAUCAAUCAACCAAUCAGUCUAUCUCUAUCUAUCUCUCUUUUUCUUGUCUCCUCCGUCGUCCAUCUGCCCAUCUGUUUCUCCUCUCUCCUGUCUCUAUGUACCUCUGGUUCUCUGUGAAGUCUUCAGCCCCUGAGAGCCCAUUGGACCCUGAAAGCCCCUGGACCCUUGAAUGAUCGGCGGGCCACCCCAGAGCCACAGACCCCCACCCUCCCCAGCAUGGACCAGCCUGCUGCACUGCACAGAGGAACCGCAGAGCUUUUUACUAUGAGUAGAUCUUUCAAAACAGCCAACACCAGCUAUAUAGCAUGCAGAUCAAAUGACGGCAAGCAGAGUUUCGGGCCAAAGCAGGCACAAAGGCAUGGGAUUCCUUUGUUAUGUCCUUCACGAGGAUUUGCUUGAAUGGUUGGGCAAAUGUAGGGAACAGACUGAUGUAGGGAAGGGGCUUGAAGGAAGCAGAGGAGCUCUUAGGCAUGGCUGUGCCCAUCCAAGGUUUGGAGGCCUCUGAGAAGCAAAAAGGAAAGAAAAGGCUGAGCUUCACUUUGCAGCUCUCCACUUCUGAAUCCACCCUGUCUGGUUUCCCAUGUCAUCUCUUGCCUGUUAUUUGUCCUUGUGUUUUCCAGACCAUUUAACUGCCACACCCCCUCCACUGAAGACAGUUUUCUGUGGUUUCCUGUCCAUUUCCAUGAUAGUAUUAGCUUUGACCCCUCAAAAAUAGUGGCCUAACUGAAGGUUACAUACAAAAGGUGGCUCUUAAUGUAAGUGGCACACGUCUUGUCAGUCAGUGUUGGCUAGCUUGGUUUUGAGAAACCUUGAAAAAAAGUGGAUAAAAAAGAACUUUUGGAAAUUUUUGAAACAACCUCUUAGCACUUGGACUAGUGGCCUCUGUAGGUUCCCAUAGUCCUUUGCAGCCUGACUCUGUCCUUUAGUAACCAAUCUGUGGGCAGCUGCAGGCUUUUAUUGUGAAAGGGCAUCACUGAAGCUGCUUCUCCAGUUUAUUUCUUUCUUUAAGGAGGUUGACAUGUUGAGAAAGCACAAUUGUGGGCCAAAGCAGAUGGAGGAAGAAAGACAGGAGUUGUUUAUGAAUAUGAAAACUUUAUUUUCCUGUGAAUUUGCUAAUUAUUGUUUUUUGAUAUCUUGAGUUAAGGACUUUUUUGUUACGCUUUUUCUCUUUUGCUAUUGAUUGUGCCGUUGCUGCCAAAUGGAGGAACUUUGCGGGGGCCCGUGAGUCGCUCCUUUUCUCUGUUACUGUUGUCUUAUUGUAAUUAUAAAAAUAUUGUUAUUAUUAUUAUUAUCAUUAUUAUUAAUAAUAAUAUUAUUUCAUUGUUAUCAACAUUUGGCAACUAUAAAAGACAUGUUGUGCACUAUGAACCUUUUUUAUGUCAUAAAGUAUCCUAAAAAUGCUCUAUAUUAUGUAUGCGUAUAUAUACAUAUUCAUUGUGUAUAUAUACUGUAUGUACAAUGAUUGUAAUGUAUGAAUGCUCAGAAAUGUAAAAUGGUUAUUUUUGUUAAUGAAGACAGGAGGGCGAGCUUGUUGCAGCUGGUUUUGGUUUUAAACAUAGAUAUUUUUCUAAAAGAACAAAAAACUAUAUUAUGAUAUACAAUAAUAGCCCGCCUUUCCCUCAAUAUGAAAAGCAUUGUCACUGCCUUUGCUCUGUUUGCUGUGUAUUUAUAUGUUCUAUAUAUAAAACACAUUGCUAUGUAUGAUGAGUAUAUUCGAACUGUGGUGCAUAUAAUGGUAUAUAUGUAUCAUGGGUUUAUGGAGGUGAUCUUGUGCUUUAAAUUUUUUUCGCUCGUGCUUAGUUUGUCAGUGUGAGGUUGGUCCCACAGCCCUCGCUCAUCAACCCCUGUGGACAAAACACACUGGAUGCAAAAAAAAAUAAUAAAUGAUAAAACAAAGUGAACAGAAGACUUGAGUGUCUCGAUGUAGAUUGAAUAUUUGUGCAAAAUUCACAUUGGAACCUUGUGGUCAAGCAAUAUCAUUUGUAUUUCUGUACUGACUUUCACACUCCAGUGUGUACUGUCCCCACAUACAAGCGCAAACUAUUGGUCUCUCACAGAUUCAUGACAUUUUUGAUAUUUGGUGGUCUGUCAGAACUAGGGCUGAACGAUUCAUCGCUUUUACAUUGAAACUGCACUUUCAAAGUGCAGUUUUCGGACCACAAGAGCUGCGAUUUUUAUUAUGUUCUAAAUUAUUCAACAUGGCGUUAGGUUGUAAGUAAGAUUGUACUUAAUAUCACUGUGGUUCUGGCCCAAAAUAGGCAAGGAGUUUAAUUUAUUUAAACACAAAAAGCAUUUAAAUUGCAAUAUUGGCCAGAAAAAAAAUGCAGUUCUCCAUUUUCUCCAAAUCAUUCAGCUCUAAACUAGCCAGGGUGGUUCCAUAGGUAGUCAUAGGGUUAUUAUUACAGAUUAUAGAUGGCGGCCUUAAGAAAUAUUCCCUAUUUGGACCAUAGUAGACAUUUCUGCAUGUUUAGACGUGAUAACACAUUCUGACACUUUACACAUUCUCACGUAACUCACAUUCACCUGCAAGUGGGAUGAACCUCCGAAAACGACAUGUUCAACUGUGCAAAUGUAUUACUUUUUUUUUGUUUUAUAUUCCAAAAUCUAUAUAUAAGUGCACCACUUGUCUUGUAAAGCAUAACUGUAUUGAAGUUCUUUUCAUCUGAGCUAUGGAGUAGAAUAGAUUUCUAAGAGAAAGAUGUUUACAGAAGGGUGGCACGUCUAAAGCUGAAAGGUUCAAGUGCAAUUCUUAAAGUGUUGAUCCAGCAAAGCUCUCUUUGGUGGUUUUCAAGGCUGAUGGGAGGAUAGAAGCUUGCAGAAAAGUCCUCUGACAUUACAGUAUGGCAUGCAGAGCUGCUUUUGGUGCUCAUAGUGCACUGUUGGUGCUUUUCGUCACUCUUAAGCCAAAACAUAGUGUUACUGUAUUCUUUAAUGUACCAUUAAUGAGACUAACAUGGAGCAUGGCGGGGUUUCCAUUCAAGAUAGUCUUCCGCUUUGCAAAAAAAGACGCCCGGUGUCGUUCGCAGUGAUUGUCUUUGGCUUUCUCAAAUUCUCGAUGCUUAUUGAAAUGCAAUAUGUAGAUCCUCUGGGACGACCUUAGCAUGUAGCACAUUAGCUGACCUACGAAAACAGUGGCAUUCCUAAUCUUAUGUAAUGUUGAUAUUAAUGGUGUCAUGAUGAGGACGAAGUGAAGCCACUGCCUCUCACUUCAGUGGACGUGUUCUCCCUGGUGAAGCUUUCUGUCUCUAUCACGAAAUGCCUUUGAUGAUUCAACAAGGGCCUUCUUUAAUAACGUCUUAUAAUCUGAUCCUAAAUAUAUAGUUGUAUGCAAAUGUUUCAACAACCCAUAUUUUGUUGAAGUGAAAAUCCUCUACAGGACAUUUUUCUGCAAAUUUCUAUUUUUUUUUUUUAACAUGUUGGAAAAAGUAAAACGUAAAAUAUAAAAUGUGUCAUCAUUUUUGCACAAGCAACAUUUUAUGUUUUAUUUUUUCAGCAAAUAAACAGUAAUUGUGCAUUAAAAUGUGCAGAAGCGUUCCAUGUAGAGGAUGCAUUAACUCAAAAAAUUAAAAAAUUAGAUUUUUGUAGCCCAGACGUUUUCACAUGACUGUAUGUGAUCAUUAAAAAAUUUAAAGAUAACAGAAAAGGUAUGAUGCAUCUUCAUUUUUGAGAGGUGUUUUGCCGACUUUUUGAACGUGGAGCCUCAGUUAGUAUCAUAAGCUUUGGACGAACUCAGAAUUGAAAGCCUUUAUCAAUAUUUGUAUGUCUGUGUUUUAUGGUGCCGAUAUGUAUGAUAAAUGAAAAAUGUAUGACAAAAAAUUGUUUGUUUGAAAUGUACUUGACGGAAGUGGCUGGGAUAUUUUUAGGUCAGGGGGCUGUUAGUUCUGUGGAACAGGACAUUUUGACCCCACAGGCCAACGACCCUGCCCUUUCAGCAGUUCUCAUCAUUCGCUAGUAUAUAUCUGAAUCAAACUGACUGGCCCUCAGAGGGGUCUAUAACGACAACGUCCAUCCUCUCCAUAUCUUUAUCGUUCUCAGUUCCUGAUUUACUCUCGCUAUCUUAUUAGCCCUUUACAAAAUCGAGGACUUUUCACUUUGUUGCAUAGACUGUGAAAACUGAGUGUGCUAACGUACCUGAAUUUCUUCGUUUGAUCAUCUUUUCUUGUUUUAAAAAAAAAUGUCAUUAAAAUAAACUGAAGCAUA